AAGCGUCACCUUGUUCCUCUUGCAUACUUUAAUUUUUAUUUGUUUCUUGUAGGAUUUGACAAACAAGCAAAUUUGUUUUUUUCUUUUUCGUAAAAGUUUCUUUUUUUUUAAUUAUUAAAGAAAAUAAAUACCCAAUACGUGACACCUUUUAAUUUAGUUAAUUAGUAAUUAAUCACCCAAAUGAACAAAUAGAAGCCCAAAAGUGAAACUAAAAAAGAAAAUUGUGAGCCGAAAUUCAAUUUCCAGUGCAGUGCGAUUGCAGGCAAACGAAAAUUAGAAACACACAGCGACGCAAAUGAAAAUGCCUCGCAAACGGAAAGUCCCAGUGCCUGCGAUAAUUGAGGAAGAAGAAAAAGAAAAUGAAUCCGAACUGGCUGAAGUGUCCAGGAAUUCAACAGCAACUUCUGUUGUCCAACAUGGACCGAUGUAUUCCAUUAUGGCCAAUGUCCAGCUCAAUGAGACCUUUCACAAGAAAUAUAUUCGUGAGAUGAGUCUGCUCUAUGAUAAAAUGGACCAUGACGCUUUUAUGUUUACAUUCAUCAAAAUGGUCAAGUCGGCGAUGGAAGGCGAAGAAACCAAUGAAUACGCAUAUACAACGCUUUUGUUUUGUGCUAAAUUUGUUGCUUCCUACGAUGUGGAUGAUACACAUCCUGUUUUGGUUGAUACUUGUCGGUGGUUGUUGACGACAAUAAGUCAAAAUCCUCACAUUCGAUUUCGUUUGUGUCAGUUCGUAAAUAUGAUUCUCAAUGCAUUGGGUCUUGAAGCAGCCCUCGAUGACGCCAUUUGUGAUGGCAUUAUGGAGUAUAUGUUAAGGCGGCUGCGGGACAUAAAUCCCAAUGUACGGGUUCAAGCAAUAUUGGCAUUGCAACGUCUGCAAAAUCCAGACAAUCCAGAUGAUGUUGUGCUUCGUGUUUAUCAAUUUCAUUUAUGCUCGGAUCCAUCGCCGAGAGUUCGUCAGGCUGUGGUGACGUCUAUGGGAAGGAAUUACAGUACUAUUCCUUACAUUUUGGAUCGUUUGUGGGAUAUUGAUGAGAAAGUGCGACGUCACACAUAUCUGCACAUGAGUGGAUACCCGGUUAAGGCUUAUAAGGUAUCCCAGCGUUUGCAGUUACUCGAACAGGGUCUCAACGAUCGAUCAGAAAUGGUUAAGAAAGUUGUAACAUCAAUUAUGUUGCCUCAAUGGUUGGAGUCCUAUAAUAAGAACUUCAUUUUAUUCGUUUCUGCUUUAAAGCUUGAUGCCAGCGAAGCAGAAGUUGAGAGAUUUCUUAAAAUAGCAAAAGUUGCUUUAUUUGAAAUCUUUAAAAGACAAAAAACAGAAGAUCUUGUGAAUUGUGUACCUCUUGAAGAGGAUGGCGAAUUUCAUAAGUGUAUUCCACACGAUAAACUAUCAAUAGAAGUUACAUUAUACUGGCAGUGCCUUAUUGAACAUUUAUCAAAUACAAUGGAUGAUGAAUUGGAAUCCAUAAUUCCUGAAUUGAGUACAUUUUGUUCAUAUGUUUUGAAAUUUUGUGAGGUUCAAAAAUCGGCAACAGAUAAAUUUAUGAAAAUGGAAUUUCAAUAUGUCCUCCUGUCGUUGCUAGAGAUUCUCUAUCUCUACGAUUUGGGUGAUGAAAUCGGUCGAGAGAAUCUCAAAAAAUUAAUUACAACAGUUUUAAAAACCAAUGAUCUCGAAGAAAAAUUAGUUGAAGUCAUUGUUAAGUGUACUGAAAAUUUAAUAACCGACCAAAAUUCACGAUUACAGUUCUUUGUUGAAAUAAUCGAAGAAAUCACCCACACAUCGUCAUUUAAAAAUGAUACACUUAUAAAUGAUCGUAUUCUUAUUGAUGAAUUACUGGAAAAACAUUCCGAUAAGGAUCUUAAAUUAAAAUUAUCCUCGUUGAAAGUUAAAAUCUUAGAUCUCGAAGAACAAGAAAUGAAUUUUGUUGAAAUGAAAGAUUAUGUUCAAGCACAACGUAUAACCGAGGAGAAAAAUGCCUACACCGAGGAAUAUACGAAUUUAUUGAAGCCAUUGUUGGAUAAACAUUCAACUGAUGUUUCUGGGGAAAGCAGAGGCCAAACAAGUUCGCUCUCAUCGUGCUUUCAACGAACGAAAAAAGUCACAUCUGAGACGAUAAUUAAAAGCCUUCAGAUAGCGUUUUAUAUGGUCGUGUCGAAAAAUGUCAGAACUUUGACUCCAAACGUCUGUAAGCUGUAUCAUGAGUUUAUUGGUCGUCAUAUUGCUUCCAAUCAAAUAGCUAUCAGAGAUUGGGCCCUAAAAUGUGGGACAGCCUAUAGUAUGCUCUACGAGGCUCUGGCAAAAGAAAUCUAUGAAGUUCUCUAUGCUCAAUUCUUCAAGAAUCACAAUAUUCGCAUAUGGAAGACUUCCAUUACUUGUAUAUUUGAGCUUCUUGAUCGGUAUGGCUGUUCGAGUUUCAAUGUUGAAGAGCGUCAGAAUAAGAGUAAACGUAACGGUAGACAACUGUACAAUACACUCGAGUUUCUUGAUGCUGACGAUGACAGCAGCGUGUGGUCAUCAGGACAAGCUGUGGAUAUAAUAUUUAUGAUGUCGCAUUUUCUUGAUACUUGCGAUGAUGUUUGUAUUAUUAGUGCAAUUGUUAACGGCUUUUGCCGUCUAGUUCUUCACGAUCAUAUCAAGAAUUCAGAAAUCCUGGAGAAGCUACUGCUGCGUUAUUUUAAUCCAUCGACUGAUGCUGAAAUAAAUCAAAUUCUCGGAGUAUUCCUUGAGAAUCUGAUACAACGUAAGAAACAAGAUUAUCUCCAUCCGUGCCUUUUACCAACGGUCUCCCAAGUUAUCGGCGCACCCUACGAGAGUCCUCUGCAUGAAAUUAAACCCGAAACGGUGUUGCGUUUUGUUAUCGAUGCUACGCGACCUGAAUUUUGUUCACCAGGAGCGAAUAUUCACAAUAAAUUGGCACUUUCAUUUUUGCAAGAAAUGCAAAACAAUAUCGCCAAUAAGGAUUUGUGUAAGAUCCUGUCGAAGGAACUGUUGACAUUGGAAAUGGUUGUGCAGGAUGAUCUAACAUUAAAGGAUCAACUUAAAGGCAUAGCCGAAAAGUUGAUAAAUUGUGAAUUUGAUUCAAAAACCUUGAAGAAUGUAAUUGAUUUUAAGGACUUGCUAGAUGGUAAAUUUAAUCCUCCUUUAAUGCCAACAAAUCCCGAUGGUUCUGAUGAUGAUGAUAAAACGGAUGAUGAAAUCGGCAGUGGUGCUACAACGGAGAAGGAAUUUGAAAAAGUUACAUCAAAUGAAACUGCUUCAAAUCGUCUCUUACCAGUUUUGGAAGAAGACGAAACUAUUCCGUCAAAUUCGACAAUUGCCACUGAAGAAAUUAGUAGUGCUCAAAUAGAAAAUAAUAAUUCUGUGGAUAAGGAGAAGACCUUAGAGAAUGAAAAUUCAAAAGAAACAGAGAAAGAGAAGACAACAUCUGAGAAUUCGAAAUCACAAGAGAAACGGAAAUCUAAUGAGGGGAAGAAAACAACGCCUGAGAAAAAGAAAAGUCCCGAAAAGAAGGCCGCUAAGUCGAAUAGGAAACAAACUAGAUCAGCAAAGCAACAGGCUGAAAAGGAGAAGAAUGCAGAGACAUCCCCCCAACGUCCUGUUCCUGUCAGUGAACCACUUCCGCCUCCAACUCCAAAACAAACGGUGGUGGAACUUAAUGCAACUCCUCAACGUGCUGUUCCUGUCGCUGAAUUGAUUCCCCCAUCAACUCCUGCUGCAGUAGACAUCAGCCAAUCUUCCAUGACCACGCCUGCUAAUUCUAUUCGAGCAAUAACCACGCCAACAACCUUUGGCCGAGAGAACUCAACUGGAUUGAGAUAUUUACGCAAAUCAAUGAACUCUGCGCGUCAGAACACACAUCCAGAAGAUGCGCCGUCUCCUAAAAUUCGCAUCGAGGCUCGUAUUGACACAGUUAUGUCACCACAAAAACCACUGACCCCCGUUCAAGUGGUGCGAACAACAAGGCAAAAGCUUCGUGCCCUCGCAAAUCCUUCGAAUUCCCCAACAGAAGUUGAAGAAACAUCAACAAGAAAACGAGAACAAUCAGCUAAAAAUAAAAAGAAGCCAACUGUUACCUCGACGCGUAAGACACCUAGACGCCAGCCACAAAAAGAAAAAGAACCAUCGCCAACAACAGCAGCAACUGCAAGAGAUAGCGACGAAUGUGAAGAGAUUCCCCCCUCACCUACAUCGUCUACAAUUAACGAAGGAACGUCUGAAGGAAGAGGUUCUACAGCAAGAAGAUUUAAUCGAACACUUCGUUUUGAUAAUAUCAAAGCACGUAAAUACCCAGCAACACCUGGCUCAGUUAAAACUCGGUCCAAUCGCAAUAAUACACCGAAUGUAAGUGUGACCCCAAUGACACCACUAGAACCAACGGCAAGAUCAACAAGAAAGCGACCGAUUUCACCAAACUCUCCUAAAAGCUUAAUUGAAGGUGGUAAAGAAUUCGCGUCUCCUUUACGCAAACAAUCAAAGACGAGUAUUCAUCUUUCAGGAAACGAAACAACAACAACAGCAGCACAAACAACAACAACAACAUCAUCAUCCUCAUCUACGGACACCCCCAACAACAACACUGCUAACAACACCAACUCCAUCAUCAACAAAGACCCCCCUAACUCAUCCAUCAGCAACACCACAAACAGUAACACCGGCAAUGAAAAGCAACAGACGCCCAUAAGAAAUAAACUUCGGGCGAGGAACUCCAAUGUUUCUGAAAAUCCACCGGUCGAACAAAUCAGAAGCACCCGGAGGACACAAAAGAAGACCAAUAGCCCUUCGAGUAAAGAGAACGAACCAAAGAGUCCUUCCAAGUCUGUUUCGUCGGAAUCAUCAAGUGACGCGUAUUCAACGUCAUCGAGUGAAAGUGAUGAUGAAGAAGAACUAAACACGCCAAAAAUCCUAUCCAACAAGAGGAGAUCUAAUUUAAACAGCAAACAAUCAGUCGCAAAGAGCAUGACAAAUAAGAAUUUAAGCCUUGUUCGGGCCGGCGGCACAACCAUAUCCGCAUCGGCUAGCCGCAUCAAUACGAGAAAUUCAGCUCGAAAAAAUCGCCAGAACAACAUGAUCAUGACGCGCAAACGUUUGUCUUUGGAAAACGUUCAUAGUCCAAAGUCAAGACCACCUUUGUUCGCUUCUCCCAAAACAAAAUCCAACAAGAAACCAUCAGGUGCAGUAACGCAACCAAAGGCUGUCGCCAGCAAGAUUCCAGUGAAUAUAGCGCUGCGUUCGAAUCGAUCAAACACAAGUAUAAAUAAGCCGACAACUCUGGCAUCGAGUGAAUCCGUGCCGAGUAUGAGUGCUUCCAACACAGAAUCAGGAACAGAUUCUGAAGAGAAAUCUUCAGACAACGGCGGCGGCGGAGCUAAAAGACAAUCACAAUAUAAACAAAUAGUGCAACAGCUGCGUAAUUCUUCGUCAUCAGCAGCAGCAAUGGCCGCCAUACAAAGACCAAGGACGCUAUCGAGGAUCGCUAGAAGUACCACACGUACAAUUGCAGCAAAGACGAUGCUGCGCAAAAGAAAUAUUUGACGUCCACAUAAACCUCUUGAAGAUUUUCAUUUCAUUUAUUACUAAUUCAUAAAUUUUCGUUACAAUUUUACUUUUCUCUUUUCUUUUUUUUUACAAUUCAAUGUGUUUCUUUUUUCUUUUUGAUUUCAUUACUUUCUGCAUCCAAUUUAAUUUUGUUUCCUUCUUUUUUCUUUCUAUUCGCAUGUUGUUGAAACUAAAUAAAUAAAUAAAUUUCAGUAAAAAGGGCAUUUUACACCAACAAUAAUAAUAAUUGUAAUAAUUAGUCGUCAAAAACAAAUUUAAAUGUUUAGAAUACAUACAUUUUUAUACGCCUGAAAAAUGAAAAACAAAAAACAAAGUUGUUAAUGUAUUAUAGAUAUAUAUAUAUAUAAAUAAAUAUAAAUUAUACCCCAAGCAUAGGUAGUAUAAAUGACUUAAAGUGGUUUCUUUAACUUCUUCAAUUUUUCUUUUCUCCUUUUAUACCGCAUUUACGAUGAAUACAAUUUUUUAGUUUAUGAGUUAAAUGAAUUAUUAUGAUUAAAAAAAACAAAAAAAAAACAAUUAUUAAAAACAUAUUUUAAUUCAAUUUAAAUUAGCCACGUUGUACAUAAUAAUUUAAUUAAAAAUGUUUAGCAAUAAAAAGAAAUAAUUAGAUUUUUAAAAAAA